AUGAUGGUCCCAUCCACACCGCUAUCAUCCACUGAAGCGCCAACCAUGACAACCACCACGACCGAUGCCCCCUCCAUGAAACCGUCCGUGUUGGCAGGCACUUCAGAGCCUACCAUGGCUCCUUCGGAGACACCAACCACAUCCAAUCCCACUGUUGCCCCAACAAGGCAGACAAAUGAACCCACGGCGCCUCCUUUUACAUUGCAACCAGAGACCGAGGAACCAACUCCAAACCCGACCACAGCAGAGCCAACUCCAAACCCAACUGAGACUGAGACAGAUGAGCCAACUGCUGCCCCCACGAUUCUCCCAACACCUUUACCAACUCCGCAACCCACUUCUUCCCCGACUAAUUCCCCCACUCAGCAACCGACGAGUGAACCAACCGAGAAUCCAACUAAUUCCCCAACUCAGCAACCGACUGGUGAGCCAACAGAUUCCCCGACUCAGCAACCCACAGAUGAACCCACAGAUAACCCCACGCCUCAGCCGACUGACGAACCAACCGAGCCACAAGCCGGGCUAGACGAGCCAGAGGAUUGA